AUGGACGACUUUCAAUUAGAAAUAAACCAGCAAGUUCGUGAGUUUCUCGCAGCUGACCGAGAGGAGAUCGCUCGUCAAUGCAGCGAGGCUCACGGUCGAUUCGACUACCAGUUUUGCACCCAGGAAGCGUCUAUGGAGCGAAUUCGAGUCGAGCAGCAAGAGAUUGCAGCAAUCGAGGGCCUUGAUCGUCGCGUACUUGAUCGAGAGCAUCAAGAACUCGAGAAGCUACGCCAGCACGUUACAGAGGAAGUUCAGCUCACGAUUGCGAACGCGUUAAAGGCUUUAGAACCUGUGAAGGAGCGGGAACAACGCAAGUUGAAGCAACAUCAACGCGUUGUCGAACGUAAAGUAGCAGAACUCGACCAGAUGAUGCAACUCAUCGGUCGGCAACUCAUACAAAACACAUCGCAGCUCCAAGUGGUACGCAACGAGCAGCUUGAAUACAAUUUGCAGGUUGAAGACGCAGGGUUCACCAGCACACUUCAAGACUCCGCUGAGCUGCUGGCUCGUCGCUCUCAGCAUCAGGAAUUGCAGCAACAACUGGAUAAAAAACUCCGCGACUACAGUCAAGUCUUGGUUGCUACCCAAGGAGCAAAAGAAGAACAAACAAACCUCAUCCUGGCUACACAAUCACCACGUUCAUUACAGUAA